GAUAGCAUCGAUGCAUCGAUUUACUCACAUUUUUUGGGUGUUUUAAAAGCGUGAAAAAAACGCCUAAACAAGCCAAAACGGCCGCACAUCAGGACCAAUAAGCGCAGUUAGUUAACUAACUCAGCUACUGCACUAGAAGGCAUUAAGAGUCGAGGACGCAAACGGCAACAACAGCAGGUUUAGCAAUACACAGUGUGUUAUUGAACAACGGUUGAAGAGUCAUAGGCAGUGAACGAGAAGGGUGGUAGCGGAGAGUACGUGUUUGUGUGUGUGUGUGUGUGUGAGUGUGUGGGCAGAAGUUGCGGCUGUGGAGCAGCGGCGGCGGCGUCGGCGACGACGACAGCGGCUGGUUUAGUUGGAGCAGAGCAAACACGGAGCCAAGAUUUCAAGCAAAUAGUGAAGAAACGUUGAAAUAAACAAUUGAGCAAACCCAACAACAACAGCAAGACGCAUUAGUAGAAGUAACAACAGCGGUUCAACUGCUUUUGUGAGCAAUUAACGACGACCGCGCCCUAAUGUCAAAUAGCCAAGCAAAUGCCGGCAGCAGCGGUAGUGUCGUGGAUGAAACGAAUCCCAAUCCGAAUCCAAAUGCAAUUACCCUGGCAGCGGGCACCACAAUUGCCACCGCCAACAAUCUGACGACCGCAUCCACAACAGCUCAAAGCUCCACGGUACAACCGGCGUCUACAGCUGCAACUAGUGCUGCAUCGCACUUAGUAGGCGCCUCCAGCACAACUACAACAACAACAGCAGCAGCAUCCAUAACUGCUGGCGAUGGAGGCGUCAGCAAUUUGGCUGUAGACUCAUCGCCGCGCGAGUCUGGCGAUGAUUCGGAGGAUGAGAGUGAAAUAUUGGAGGAGUCGCCUUGUGGUCGGUGGCUAAAGCGACGCGAGGAGGUCGAUCAGCGAGAUGUGCCUGGCAUUGAUUGUGUGCAUCUGGCCAUGGACACCGAGGAGGGUGUUGAGGUCGUCUGGAAUGAGGUGCAAUAUGCGCAGCUGCAGGAGCUGAAAACUCAGGAAGACAAGAUGCGUCAGGUGUUUGACAACCUGCUACAGCUGGACCAUCAGAAUAUUGUCAAGUUUCAUCGCUACUGGACGGACACUUUGCAAGCCGAGCGACCGCGCGUCAUCUUCAUCACAGAGUACAUGUCGUCCGGUUCAUUAAAACAGUUCCUCAAGCGCACCAAGCGCAAUGCCAAGCGAUUGCCGCUUGAAUCGUGGCGCCGCUGGUGCACUCAGAUCCUGUCCGCGCUCAGUUAUUUGCAUUCCUGCUCGCCGCCCAUCAUUCAUGGCAAUCUAACCUGUGAUAGCAUUUUCAUACAGCACAAUGGUCUGGUCAAAAUAGGCUCUGUGGUCCCGGAUGCGGUGCAUUAUAGCGUGCGCCGUCAGCAUCUUGAUCAACUAGAGCAGUUGCCGGAACGUGAACGGGAGCGUGGUGCGCACUAUUUUCAUGCACCUGAAUAUGGUGCCGCCGAGCAACUAACCGCCGCCGUCGACAUCUACGCUUUUGGCAUGUGUGCCCUGGAAAUGGCCGCGCUGGAGAUACAGCCGCAGUCUAGCAACAGCGAAUCGACUGCCAUCAACGAGGAGACCAUACUGCGCACAAUUAAUAGCCUUGACAAUGAUCUGCAACGUGAUCUGAUACUGAAAUGUCUUAAUCCACAACCCCAAGAUCGACCAAGUGCUAGCGACUUGCUUUUUCAUCCACUGCUCUUUGAGGUGCAUGCACUAAAACUACUGGCCGCCCACUGUCUGGUCUUCUCGCCCGCCAAUCGAACAAUGUUCUCGGAGACAGCCUUCGAUGGGCUAAUGCAGCGCUAUAAUCACCCGGAUGUGAUAAUGGCGCAGCUCAAGUUGUCUGGCGGUAAUGAGCGUCAAUUUCGACUAUCGGAUGUGCCCGGCGCCGAUAAGCUGGAAAAAUUCGUGGAGGAUGUAAAGUAUGGUGUCUAUCCGCUAAUCACGUACAGUGGCAAGAAGCCGCCACAUUUUCGUUCGCGCGCUGCCUCGCCCGAACGUGCCGACUCGGUCAAGUCGGCAACGCCGGAGCCGGUGGACACUGAGUCGCGUCGCAUUGUGAACAUGAUGUGCAGCGUGAAGAAACUGAAGGAGGACAGCAACGAUAUACUGAUGACCAUACUGUUGCGAAUGGACGACAAAAUGAAUCGACAGCUAACGUGUCAGGUGAACGAGGACGAUACGGCGGCGGACUUGACUAGUGAGUUGGUGCGAUUGGGCUUUGUGCAUCUGGAUGAUCAGGACAAGAUUCAGGCCCUACUUGAGGAGACACUGCGAGCCGGAGUCCUCAGUGAUGGCGCUGGCGCGGAAAGUUCGGGCGCAGGCGUGACCACAACGGCAACGAUGGCCGCGCUGGAGCAAUUGGAGCGUAACUGGUCUAUCUCAGAUGCGGACAAAACGAUGACGACCAGCAUGUCGGUCAACACUUCGCCCAGCACUGCUGUCAUGUAUGUGCCAGAGGAGCAGGCGGACAUGGAGGGCGCGACGGUCCACAACAGUAGCAAUAGUCACAGCAAUUGAAGACGAUGAAAGUAUUCGGGCGAAGCCGGCGGGGUGCGCAUUGUUUUUAUUAAUGGAAUGAAAAAAUUACAUACUACGAUUUUAUUGCUACUA